AUGCCCCGCACUGACGAGGCCGAAGCCUUCUUCCACGCCGUCUACACCGCCGUUCAAGAGAUCCCCUUCGGCAGGGUGACGACCUACGGCCACAUCGCAAAGCUCAUCGGCACCCGUGAGUCCGCCCCUCCCUUCCCUCCGCCUCACCUCCAUUUGCUCCCGCCGUCCCGUCGCCCAUCCCCCACGCUCCACCACACCUCCGAUCCAUCCCAAGCACCAUCCCGUGCGUCUUUCUCCUCCUGCAGAGGAGAAGUCAAGGCUGACACGGGCCUCGGUCCGAACGUCCCAGCCGAACGGCCCCGCCAGGUGGGAAUCUGCCUCAAACACCUACCCACCGACCCGACGUCGCGGUUCAACAACGAAACCGUCCCGUGGCAGCGCGUCAUCAAUGCAAAAGGCACAAUCUCGCCGCGCUCUCAGCCCUCCGGCGCUCGCAGCCAAGCCGCCGCCCUCGAGGCCGAGGAUGUCGAGGUCUCGCAGGCUGCCAUGGGCGAAUUCCAGGUGGACUUCAAAACCUAUGGCUGGUUUCCCGAGGUCCUUCCCUCCGAGGAGGCCAAUGGACAGUGA